AUGGAAAUUUGCUUAAAACAAAAACACCCUGGUAGAAUCACUCCACGAACGUACCAAAAAGUGAAAUAAAAGAAUUGAAAGCAGGCGGAAAAGACGGAGCAAUACGACCAAUCACGGAGACUGCGACCCUCCUACCGACCACGCGGAGUUCUCCAGGCCUCGUGGCCGCUCUCCAGGACACCGUACUCUUCCGCUCCCAGAGGUCCCCGGCGGCGGAAGUUGUCACUUCCAGAGAGACGCUGCCCACGCCGUGCACCCGGCAGUAAGCUCGCCAUGGCGAUGGGAGGAGGUGGUGGCGUCCCGGAGCAGGAGGACUCCGUGUUAUUCCGGCGCGGCACAGGCCAGAGUGAUGAUUCUGACAUUUGGGAUGAUACAGCAUUGAUAAAAGCUUAUGAUAAAGCUGUGGCUUCGUUUAAGCACGCUCUAAAGAAUGGUGACAUUUCUGAAGCUUCAGAUAAACCAAAAGGCACACCUAAAAGAAAACCUGCUAAGAAGAAUAAAAGCCAAAAAAAGAAUGCUACAACACCCCUGAAGCAGUGGAAAGUUGGUGACAAAUGUUCUGCCAUUUGGUCAGAAGACGGCUGCGUUUACCCAGCUACCAUUGCUUCAAUUGAUUUUAAGAGAGAAACCUGCGUUGUGGUUUAUACCGGAUAUGGAAAUAGGGAGGAGCAAAAUAUGUCUGAUCUACUUUCCCCAGCCUCUGAAGUAGCUAAUAAUAUAGAACAGAAUGCUCAGGAGAAUGAAAACGAGAGUCAAAUUUCAACAGAUGAAAGUGAGAACUCCUCCUCCAGGUCUCCUGGAAAUAAACCCAAUAACAUCAAGUCAAAAGCUGCUCCAUGGAACUCUUUUCUCCCUCCACCACCCCCCAUGCCAGGAUCGGGACUGGGACCAGGAAAGCCUGGUCUAAAAUUCAGUGGCCCACCACCACCUCCACCACCACCACACUUCUUAUCAUGCUGGCUGCCUCCAUUUCCUUCUGGACCACCAAUAAUUCCCCCACCACCUCCCAUAUGUCCAGAUUCUUUUGAUGAUGCUGAUGCUUUGGGAAGUAUGUUAAUCUCUUGGUACAUGAGUGGCUAUCAUACUGGUUACUAUAUGGGUUUCAAACAAAACCAAAAAGAAGGAAGGUGCUCACAUUUCAAUUAAAGAGUAAUCCAUACAGUGUUCUCUUAAUAGGUACAGCUAUCUCCCGAGGAGAAUGGUAUUUUGAUGCGCCAUGGUCAACAUGAACAAAAUUUCAUCUUCAUGAACGGUUGGGUGGCAUAAUCGCCUGCAUUUCCCCUUGUUGCACGUGACUCAUGCUUAAGCAACCAGCCAUGUGUUUCAAGGGAAUAAUCAGUUUGAAUAACUCAGCAGUGGAAAUGUAAUUAAAAGAAACUCAGUUACAUGUAGUAAAGAAAAGUCAAUCUGUGAAAAUUUCAACUCAGCCCAUUUGUAUAUUAUAUCUUUCUUAGUAUAAAGUAUGUUAAGGUUUUAUUAAUGCCUUUAAAAAUAAAUGUUAAAUUUUUUUAACCUUGA